AUGGCAACCUUAAAAUAAACUUUGAAAUUUUACUUAAAAGUACUACUUGGCAGUUCUUCUAUUGGUUAUGCCUAUUUGUAUUAUCGCUGUAAAAAGCUACGAGAAGAAGCUAUUGACGAAGAGGUUAUUAAUUCUAAAAAGGAUACUACGAGACCUUCAAAUGUAUACUAUGGACUUAACUGGGGUUUUCGUUCAGAUAAUACUAUAGAAAAGUCACUUGACACAGGGGACUUGCUAUACUUCAACUAUAAUUGUAUGAAUUGCUUCAAUCCAUCAGAUGUUAUCAAAUGCUACUAUGAACAGCAGUAUCUAAAGGAAGAUGAUCCACAAAACGUAGCAUUUUGCUUUAGAACACCAAAAAGGCUUUAUGUCAUAACAAGUCAUUUCGGAGGUAUUCCACAAAUCAUAUUAUAUCAUGAAUUCCUGAACAAACCUUUCAUUAAGACAGUCAAGGUUCGCUAGAUACUUAACUAGCCUGUUAAUAUGCUAGAAAACUCCACACAAUUCGUAGCACAGCUGAGAGAAUAGAUUAAAAAAUAAGAAGUAGACAAAGAUUUAUUUACUAGUAUGCUGAAAACAAGAAUGAUGGGGUUGCUAUUAGUAAAUAGAAUGAACAAAAAUCUGAUCCCACAUUAUUUAGCUAAGCUUUAAAUGCUAAGAGCAGACCCAUUUGAAAAGCCUUUCAUUUAGGCCAAGGAAUUAGAUAGUGCUAAACCAGACUGCUUAUUUGAUGCUUAUGAAUUGAGUAAUGCAGUGAUGAUUAGAACUUAUGCUUCUUAGAAUCUUGUUAAGAGAAAUGUUACAUGA